AUGUCUUUGUCGACCUCUGCCUCGCUUCCGCCACUGCUGAUCUCACCAAGACAAUUGGCUGCAAAACUGAACUCAAAGCAGUCGCUGUGUAUUCUGGAUGCAACGUGGUUCCUCAACAUGCCCAAUGCGCCCGUGCGCAAUGCGUAUAAAGAGUAUCUAAAAGGCCCCCGUAUCCCAGGAGCCCUCUUCUGGGAUGUUGAUGCCGUAUCAACGAAAGGGGAUUCGGUUAUGAAUCUUCCGCACAUGAUGCCGAGCGGAUCUUUGUUUGCUCAGGCUGCCGCGGCGAAGGGUAUAUCUCGGGAUACUCAUGUCGUCGUUUAUGACUCACAUGGGAUAUUUUCUGCGCCGCGAACAGCAUUCACAUUUUCAGCAUUUGGCCACAAGGCCAUCUCUGUCUUAGACGGAGGUCUUCCUGCUUGGAUGGCUGCUGGUGAGGCUGUCGAUUCCGCGUCGCUAGAAACGGAACCUUCAUUGUCCAGGGGAACAUAUCCAGAACCUUCACUUGAGAGUGGAAGAGUCCGCUCGUUCCAAGAAAUGCUCCACAACACAACCUUAGGCUCGAGUGCUCAGAUCGUUUUGGAUGCUCGUCCCAAGGAGCGUUUCGAUGGAAAAAUUCCCGAGCCACGUCCUAAUAUGGCAAGUGGUCAUAUUCCCCAUGCCCUUUCAAUGCCAUUCAUGUCUGUCCUCGACAAGCACGAGGUCAACGGUCAAUCUUUCACUACAAUGAAACCGCAGCAUGAACUCUGGAAGGUAGUCUCGCGCAUUUUAGGAGAGGAGGGCAUGGAAAAACUUCGUCAUGACGGGUCAGCGCAGGGUUCUGUUGGCGUUACGUUUUCUUGUGGAAGCGGAAUGACGGCAUGCAUUUUGUGGCUUGCGCUUCAACAACUCGGUAUCAACGGUGCUAUCUACGACGAGAGCUGGUCGGGCUGGGGCCGUCGUGCGGCCAAUGGUGAGGCGCCUGUGGAAUCGACACAGUCAUAA